AUGGAUGAGAUUGCUCCUGAAUACGACGUCAUCGUGCUGGGCACUGGAUUGACCGAGUGUAUUCUUUCUGGUGUUCUGAGUGUCAAGGGCAAGAAGGUCCUCCACAUCGACCGCAAUGAUCACUAUGGCGGCGAGGCAGCUUCCGUGAACCUCGAGACUCUCUUCAAGAAGUACGGAAACUUCCGCGAAGGCGAGGAGCCCUGGAAGCAAUAUGGUCGCCUCAACGACUGGAACAUCGACCUUGUCCCCAAGUUCCUCAUGUCCUCCGGCGAAUUGACCAACAUUCUCGUCUCUACCGAUGUCACACGAUAUCUCGAGUUCAAGCAAGUCGCUGGCAGCUACGUCCAGCAGGGUGCCUCCAACAAGGCUACCGUCGCCAAGGUGCCCUCUGAUGCCGCCGAGGCUCUGCGAUCUCCCCUCAUGGGUAUCUUCGAGAAGCGACGCAUGAAGUCCUUCAUUGAGUGGGUUGGCACUUUCGACCCCAAGGACCCCGCGACACACAAAGGCCUGGACAUCAACAAGUGCACCAUGAAGGAUGUCUAUGACAAGUUCGGCCUCGAGGCCACCACAAAGGACUUCAUUGGCCACGCCAUGGCUCUCUACCUCACCGACGACUACAUCACCACCCCCGGCCAGGCUCCCGAGGCCAUCCAGCGAAUCCGCCUGUACGGUAACUCUGUUGCUCGAUACGGAAAGUCUCCUUACAUCUACCCUCUCUACGGUCUUGGCGAGCUUCCCCAGGGUUUCGCCCGUCUGUCUGCCAUCUACGGCGGUACUUACAUGCUCAACACCAACAUCGACGAGAUCCAGUAUGAGGGCGACAAGGCUGUGGGCAUCGAGGCGACCAUGACUGGUGUUGAGGAGAUGAAGUUCAAGACCAAGGCCAAGAUGAUCCUCGGUGACCCUUCGUACUUCCCCAACAAGGCCAAGGUUAUCGGCCACGUCCUCCGAGCUAUUUGCAUUCUGAAGCACCCUCUCGCUGGUACCAACGACGCCGAUUCCGCCCAGCUCAUCAUUCCCCAGUCUCAAGUUGGCCGAAAGAACGACAUCUACAUUGCUUGCGUUUCUUCUGCUCACAACGUCUGCCCCAAGGGCUACUGGAUCGCUAUUGUCUCGACUAUUGCUGAGACAUCAGCUAACCACCACGUCGAGCUCCAAGCUGGUCUCGACCGCCUUGGCAAGAUUGAGGAGCAGUUCAUGGGUCCCCCUAUUCCCAUCUACGAGCCUCUUGAGGAUGGUACCAAGGACAACAUCUUCAUCUCCAAGAGCUACGAUGCCACCAGCCACUUCGAGACUACCACCGACGACGUCAAGGACAUCUACCGCCGCGCCACCGGCGAGGAGCUCAAGGUUGAGGGUUUGAGGGAAGGUAUCCAGGUUGCCGAGGAGCAGUAA